UCUCUGAAAACUUUGCUGCUAAAAAGCUCCAAACAGGAGAAGUAAAUCCAGUCAGCUUGUCAAGUCACUGGCUCAGUGUAAAAGUGCUUUCAUGAGGUAACGCUGGGCCAAAGUCAACUUUUCUUUCUGCUUCGUAAAUCUGCAGCCAAGCAAUGGGCCAGAAAAUCUCAGGGAGCAUAAAGUCUGUGGAUGUGAGGGAGCCCCCUUAUAGACCUGUUAAACGAGAGCUGAGAGGCCCAGAUUUUUGCAAGCCUGCACGACUGGACAUGUUAUUGGAUAUGCCCCCUGCCAAGCUGGAGGUCCAAUAUAAACAUGCCUGGAACAAUGAAGAUCGAUCUUUAAAUAUAUUUGUAAAGGAAGAUGAUAAACUAACUUUUCAUAGACACCCAGUUGCCCAAAGCACAGAUUGCAUCCGGGGCAAAGUUGGCUACACGAGAGGCCUACACGUCUGGCAGAUUCACUGGCCCACAAGGCAACGAGGAACUCAUGCCGUGGUGGGUGUCUCAACAGCCGAAGCACCGUUACACUCUGUGGGAUACACGUCGUUGGUUGGUAGCAAUAGUGAAUCGUGGGGCUGGGAUCUGGGACGCAACAAACUUUAUCACAAUUGUAAAAACCAACCUGGGGUCACGUAUCCUGUCUUUUUGGAACCAGAUGAAUCUUUUGUACUCCCAGACUCCUUACUGGUAGUUUUGGAUAUGGAUGAAGGGACGCUCAGCUUCAUGGUGGAUGGACAGUAUCUUGGAGUGGCCUUCAGGGGACUAAAAGGGAAAAAACUUUACCCCAUAGUCAGUGCAGUUUGGGGGCACUGUGAAAUUACAAUGAGAUACAUCAAUGGACUUGACCCGGAACCCCUGCCUUUAAUGGACUUGUGCCGAAGAUCAAUUCGUUUUGCUCUUGGCAGAGACCGCCUGCAUGACAUAGAAAUUCUACCUUUGCCUCUGUCUCUGAAAAAUUAUUUACAGUAUCAGUAGGACGUCUAGAUCCCUCUGGCCUCACAUUGGACUAAAUCAAUGCAAAUGGCAGAAAAUUGUUUACAACAAAAUAUUAAUCUUCAUGAUGGACACUUAAGUGUUAUUUAAUUUUUAAUAUAUAUAUUUUUUUCUGAACCAGUGAUAGCAGAUCACUGUGGGGGGAUUACUCAAGAAUGUGAAAGCGUUGAUUUGAUCUAGAUUCAUAUGCUCUCUGUUGCCUAUUCUGUUUACAGUCCUGAAGGCCGUUAUCCUCAGCUGGUAUAUAGCGGUUUAUCUUUUUUGACUCUGGUAAACGCCAACAGAAAAUCUGGCCUGCGAGAUUCCUUCUCGUGCAGGACAGAGCGUUCUUCAGUAGCGUGAUUUUUCUCCCUCUCUCCCCUACACAUACACACACACGCACCCCUUAUAAUAAAUUAGCAAUGGAAUAAAUCUCCAUAGGUGAAUUCUGAAAAAUGUUUAAACUCUGACUUUGGUUUCCAGAGUUGUUAAGAGCUUUGAAUGUUCAGCGUUCGCCAUCAUCAGGCCUAAAAUAUUUUAAAAUCUUAACAUUUUAAAAAAAAAAAAAAAAAGGUGAGAGAGAGAGAUUAUCAUCUAGAAGGAGAAUGUAUGAUUUAAAAACAUGAGAGGAAAGCCUGAAAGAUCAAUUUUUGGCUAUGGUAACAGUAAGAAGCAGUCCAUUGUUUUCAAGACCAAAUCUUAUCCCUCCAAAGUUCUGCAGUUUAUAACAAAGUGUUCACUAUCCCAAGAUUUUAGGAUAUUCGUAUUUUAGAAAGCUUGUCACUUUUUUAUUUGAACAAAUUUAUAAUUUUUAUGUGGUAUGAACUCUAAAUACUUGGUUCUCUCUUUAAUGUAUGUGUGGUCAUAAUGUUUAUUUAUCUGUUUAGAGUCUGUGGAGUUCUCAUGUAACUGUUUCCCAUCUUUGGGGGACUGAUUUGUUUUUGUUUUCUCCAGCUCCACCUGAAAUGUAUUACUUUUUCAGGCUCAUCCCAUUUUUAAGAUGCUGCUUUCUAUUUGCAUUUCUUACAUGUUUCAAGUUAUCUGCCUGAUCAGUUAUCUAGUUUUUAAACUGGAAGUUGUUGUUGUGGCAGGAUGUCAAAUGUUUAGACUGAGCUGCCUUCAGCAUUAUUUUAAUGUGAAUUUACUGAUGAAUGAGGAGAAAAUUUCUA